AUGGCCACCGACCGCGGGCCGAAGCCCAAAUCGGCCGAAGUUCAGCGCAAAGGCGAGGCCAUAGACGAUGCAGACAGACAAGCGGCCAACCGCUUCGCCGAAGAAGCAGCAAAGCAGUAUGGGAGAGGCGACAGAAUCAGGCCAAAGUCCGUAAAGGACAAGAAGCUGAGGUCCAAUCUGCGGUUAUUGGAGAACAAGAACAAGCAAGCAGUGAUCGAGGCGAAGAAUGUCGAAAUUCUGCUAGAGAACAAUGAAGGACUGCUUGAGGCCGAACAUGAGCUGGAAAGGACAUACAAGGUUCGACAGGACGACAUCAAGGCCGCCGUCGCAAUAGAAACCGCAAAGAAGGGCUUUGAGCUGCGACUGGACGGGCUGGGACCGUACGAUGUUUGCGAGUACAGCAGGAACGGGCGCGAUCUGCUGAUUGCAGGGAGGAAAGGGCACGUUGCGACAUUCGACUGGAGAGAUGGCAAGCUGGGCUGCGAACUACAACUCAAUGAGACGGUACGAGACGCACGAUGGCUACAUACCAGCAACCAGAAGAACUUCGCGAUCGCGCAGAAGAAAUGCGUCUACAUCUACGGCGGCGACGGCGUGGAGAUCCACCAGCUGAAGAACCACUCCGAAGCCACACACCUCGAAUACCUCCCCUACCACUUCCUCCUCUCCUCGAUAUCGACAGCCGGUAUCAUCAGAUACACAGAUGUCUCAACCGGCCAAUCGCUAGGAGAGCUCUACACAAAACUCGGACCCGCAACAGCGUUGGUGCAAAACCCCCACAACGCCAUCCUGCACGUCGGCCACCAAAAAGGCCUCGUCACAUUAUGGUCGCCCAACAGCGCCUCACCGCUCGUCAAGCUGCUCCCUCACCAUGGGCCAGUCCGCAGCCUCGCCGUCGACAAGUCUGGCACGUACAUGGUCAGCACCUCGCAAGACCGCCGUAUGAGCGUGUGGGACAUCCGCAUGUUCCGCGAAAUCCACACGCACCACUUGCGCGUCCCAGGCACCUCGCUCUCCAUCUCCGACCGCAACCUGACCGCCGUCGGCUACGGGACACAAGUCAACAUCUACAAACCCGAGAUCUUCACCUCGAACCCAGACCUCGUUUUGCCCACACCGUACAUGGCCUGGGGCGGCGAGGGCCUAUCGACAGGCCGCGUGCGAUUCUGCCCCUUCGAAGAUAUACUCGGGAUCGGCCACGAGAAAGGCUUUACAUCGAUCAUCGUGCCCGGCGCCGGAGAGCCCAACCCAGACACCCUCGAGCAAGGCACGAACCCCUUCGAAACCAGCAAGCAGCGCCGCGAGACAGAAGUCCACGCGCUUCUCGAGAAGAUUCAGCCCGAGAUGAUCGCGCUCGACCCCAACUUUGUCGGAAAUCUGGACCUCACAUCUCAGGAACAGCGCAAGAAGGAGCGCGACCUCGACCAUAAGGAGGAGGAUAAGAUCACGAAGCUAAAGAAGAGGGGGCGCGGCCGCAAUAGUGCGCUGAGGAGGUAUCUCAGGAAGAGCGGCAGUAAGAAUGUUAUCGAUGAGGAGAAGGAGCGGGCGAGGGAGAUUGUUGAGAGGAGGAAGGAGAGGAACGUGGAGAAGCAGAAAAAGCUCAAGGCUGCGUAUGGGCCGGCGCUGGAGCGAUUUGCGGCGAACAAGAAGGCGUGA